UUUUGUUUCCGGCGGAGCCGGGGAGAAGGCACCGCGAUGGCGGCGCUGAGCCGGAGCGCAGCGGCGUGCUGGGUUGCCCGCUGCUUGCAAGGCGGGCAGGAGCGGCGCCGGUUUGUCACCACAUCACCUGUUCUACGACUAACAUCAGAGGAAGUCAUCCAGAUGCGCAAUGAGCUCUUCACCAAGGAGAAAGAGAGACAGUUGUCUCUUUAUCCACGAAUUGAGAAAAUCGAAGUGAAAUACACCGGGAAAUCACACCCUGGCAGUGUGUUUGUAAUGAACAAAGCUUUAUCUACUCCCUACAAUUGUGCCAUGCACCUAAGUGAAUGGCAUUGCAAGAAGUCUGUUCUAGCUCUUGUGGAUGGUGAAGUUUGGGAUAUGUACAGGCCCUUGACUAAAUCGUGUGAAAUUCAGUUCCUUACUUUCAAAGACGAAGAUCCAGAAGAAGUAAACAAGGCCUACUGGCGUUCCUGUGCCAUGAUCAUGGCGUGUGUGUUAAAGCGGGCAUUCAAGGAUGAGUACUCAGUGAGUCUGAUUAAAGCUCCAGAAGUGCCAGUGAUCUCUGGAGCUUUCUGUUAUGAUGUAAUUUUGGACAAUAGGCUGCAUGACUGGAAACCAACAAAUGACAACUUCCGUUCUCUUACAAAGGAUGCUGGAAAGCUAAUUCAGAAAGACUUGCCAUUUGAAACACUGCAUGUUGGAGCAAAAGUGGCAUGUGAAAUGUUUCAGCAUAACAAGUACAAAAUGGAGAUGAUAGAAAGAAAAGCUUCUCAGAAUAAGGAAGGAACUGUAACAUUACACAGGUUUGGUGAUUUUGUAGAUGUUAGUGAAGGCCCUCAUAUUCCAAGGACAAGUUUUUGUUUCCAGUAUGAGAUAACAGCAGCCCAUAAUCUUCAGACUAACCAAUCUGAAUUAAUAAGAAGGUUCCAGGGUGUGUCCCUGCCAAUCCAUUUGAAGGCUCACCACACCGUCUGGCACAAACUGCUGGAAAGAUCGAAGAGGCUGGUCACUGAAGAAAAAUAUUUGGAAGGAGCAGAACAUCAGGAGGCAAAAAGUGGAAGUGAAGAAGAAAAAAAUAUCAGUUUAAAUUAACCUCUAAAUGUACAUAAUAAAAUGUAUCUUUUUACAUGA